ACAGCUUUAAUUAAACAUUUGAAUUAGCUUCAAGAAAAGGGGUGCUGUCCUUCCAGUGAAAAAAUAAAUCUUACAUCUUUUUUUUUUCAGGUAGAAUCACUUAUAGACGGGUGUUAUCAGAACAUUUCAAAGUCUACUUAUGAUGAAUUUGAAAGUUUGAUCAAUUGUCCAGGUCUAAGUCAUACCAUCCAUAUAUUAGUGCUCAGUAACGGGUCCUUCCGAAACUUGCCUUUCUCAAACAUCUCAGUGCUGGACCAUGACCUCCUUACCGGCCAGGCCCUAAGGGGGACAGUUCUCACCAUCUAAUCCAGGGAGAUGUUCUUGCCCUGGCCAACAGCAUAGGCAUGGAGCAUGUUCCCAGGGGGAAAAAAAACAUCCUGGGAAGAAUUUUAAAUGCACUAUUUUUAGCUGGUUAUUGUAAGUUUGAUUUAAAGAAUGUGGUUGAUCCAGUGGGUAAAGUAUUAAAUUAACAGCCAUAAUGAAUGACAGCCACACAGUAUAUAUGGACGUUUUGCAGACCUUCUUCAGUCCUCUUCUUGUGUCGAGGACAUAUACUAUACCAUAUACAUUAAUGAUUUUGAGUGCACUGUGAGGCUAAAAAGCACUUUUCCCUAUAUGCAGUUCUCUGUUGUUUUGCAGAUCAGUGCUGGCUGACUUAAAAGUACUACAGUCCUGCAGAUCCUCACAUUGAAGGGAAUCUGGUCACCAGUUUACAUUCUGGUGCAUUUCCUUUGAAUGACCUCAGAGAUCUGAAGAUUCUGGAGGUGUUUGUCAGAUAACCUGAUCAUCUGGAUAGAAAUACUAUAGGUCCUCCAUAACGGUCAUAGGAUGGUGUCUGUGAGCGCUGACACAGCUGCGUUGGCUGUAACCAUGGUGCUUUUGCUGACUGAGGCCACCUGUGUCCCAUUAAGUCAGAAUGUCACAGUGCAGACAGAGACAAGAGGCAGCAUAACGCCACAACUGUACACUCAAGAUCUGGCCAUCACAGCAGUCAUGUGCUUUAUUGGUGGUGUUGGCCUUACCCUGCUGGUUCUCCUGAUUUACUAUCAAGUGUUUCACAGGAAGACACUAAAAAAAUGUAAAAGACAGAAAGACAAAGAGGAGAGAAUCAGCAAAACGCUCAACCACCAUGUCAGUCACCUAGAGGAGAAGAGGAGAAAUGUUUUAUUGCACGCCAGUAACAGUCAGCCACGAGACAGGGAAGCCAUGAUGUUGGACACAGCAUUAGAAAAUCCCAGUGGCCAGUUUUGGUCCAGUGUGGAUGAGGCUGGGAGCCAUUUUAGGUGCCCAGACUGUAGCGCCAGAGGAGAAAGAGGGGUGGGGCCAAACCUGAUGAGAUGGAACAACAACAGGAUAAACAGAGAGAUGGAGGUGGAGGAGGAAAGAGAGAAUAGGAGAAUAAGAAUAAUAGAGGAAGACAGGAGAAAGCCUGGGAUUCAGCUGGGAACCCUGAGCAGGGACAUUCCUAACAAGUUUCAUUUGUUUGGCACCUCCAAUUCCUACUCUCCACAGAAAGAAACCUUAAUUGAGAGACCAGAGACCCUGCCCGCUUAUGAGACAAGCAGAGACAUGAACAGCUACAGGACCUAUGUGGAAGGUAAGAGCAGAGGAUAUGAGACUCUACACUGUGAGAGCUGCCACAGGACCUACAGACUACCAGAACAGGCCAUGAGACAAGAGAGGAGUCUGAGAGAUUCUGCUCUAUUUGACCUCAAGAAUGUCAGCUACAACCAUUCUGACCUGAUAAAGGACACAGAGUUAAGAAGAGAAUCAAGAAAUGUAACAUUCGAUCUAAGUUCAAGAAUCCUGGAGCAAAGAAACAUUAGAGAGGAGGAGGCAAGGAGCUCCAGAGACAAAGACAAAGGAAGAGAAAGGAGACAUAAAGCUAAAAUCCAGGCUGGUCGGCUGCUGAAGGUUAAACUAAACCUAAACCCACUACGAAAAAGCAAAGUCCAUCCUAAGAGGAAACAUGAGGACAAUUUGAAGAAAAGUCAUGAGAAAAGGCAGAGUGGAAAAGAAAGAAGAGAGAAGGAAGAGAAAGUAAACACUGGCAAGAAAACAAGGGGUGAGAAAAUGAAGAAAUCUACCAAGAAUACAGAAGACAGAGAAGGAAAAGGUGAGCGGGAAAGUACGGCAGCUGACCAGGGCAAGACUACACACCCAGACAAGUCCCAGUCUGAUGAUACCACCAAUACUGCUGGUCAGUCAGCCUCUGCUAUAGCCAUAGGACAGAUACACAACUUACUGGGUCAGGCUACUGCAUCAGUUCUGACCGGUCCUAAGCCUUCCUCCAUGCAUCCCUUCUCCCUCUCUACCAUAGAUAGGAAUCAUACUACGAACCUGUCUCUGCUGGGCUCAGCUGGCUCACAGCUGACUGGCAGCAGCCUAUCGCUUCAAGGAGGGAAUAUUCUACUCAGCACAGGGACCCCUGGACAUAACACACUGUUCCCUACUGGUCCAGCUAAUGCUGUUGCAUCUAGCAUUGGGCCAAACUUGGCUGCCAGUGGCCCUCUAAUAGAAAAUCUGUCAAACACUAACAGCCAGACAGAGACCGAGCAUGUACCCGGUGGGUCAACAGUUAACAUGCUAGCUGGGGGUGCAGCUCUAGCUGAAGGACCAGGAGUGGUGGUGUCAGGAGACAGCGUGCAAGCAGAUGUGUCUGUGUCUGUGUCAGGUGUCUCUGCACCCAUUAUGUCUACACAGAGUGACUCCUCCACAGAAGGUGCUGCUGGAGCUCCUGCACUGCUGCACCAGGAGUAUCUGUCAGAGGAGGAAGGCUCCAAUCCCAGGAGGAAGCUGAGGUUGGUGCUCCCUGAGAAGACAUCCAGCCAUCCACCCACCGCACUGGAGAGGAAAAUACUCUAG